UCGUGUGACCGGUUUCUACGCCAAUGGCGUAGCAGAGUUUCACGGAAGUGGUAACAAGGGGAAUGUAGGGCUGCCAAAGAACGAUCGGUUUCUAAAGCGGUAUUUGAACAUCAACAUCAUGGCACAGCAGAAGAAUCUGGAGGGAUACGUGGGCUUCGCGAGCCUCCCGAACCAAGUGUACAGGAAGUCUGUGAAACGAGGCUUUGAGUUCACUCUGAUGGUUGUGGGAGAGUCCGGGUUGGGCAAGUCCACGCUGAUAAACUCUCUGUUCCUGACGGACCUGUACUCCGGAGAAUACCCCGGGCCUUCGCACAGAAUCAAGAAAACUGUUCAGGUGGAGCACUCGAAGGUGCUGAUGAAGGAGGGCGGCGUCCAGCUGCUCUUCACCAUAGUGGACACUCCCGGGUUCGGAGACGCCGUGGACAACAGCAACUGCUGGCAGCCGGUCAUUGAUCACAUCGACAGUAAGUUUGAGGAUUAUCUGAACGCAGAGUCCCGUGUGAACAGACGGCAGAUGCCGGACAGCAGAGUUCACUGUUGCCUGUACUUCAUCGCACCGUCAGGGCAUGGACUGAAACCUUUGGACAUCGAGUUUAUGAAACGGUUGCAUGAGAAGGUCAACAUCAUCCCACUGAUUGCCAAAGCAGAUACUCUGACCCCCGAAGAGUGCCAACAGUUCAAGAAACAGAUUAUGCGAGAAAUCCUGGAGCACAAGAUCAAAAUCUACGAGUUUCCAGAGACGGAUGAUGAGGAAGAAAACAAGAUCGUGAAGAAAAUCAAAGAUCGGCUGCCUCUCGCUGUGGUUGGGAGCAACACUAUCAUCGAGGCGAACGGGAAGAAGGUCAGGGGACGGCAGUACCCGUGGGGCGUGGCCGAAGUGGAGAAUGGAGACCACUGUGAUUUCACACUCGUAAGGAAUAUGCUCAUCAGAACACACAUGCAGGACCUCAAGGACGUCACGAAUAACGUUCACUAUGAGAACUACAGAAGCAGAAAGCUGGCGGCCGUGACCUGUAACGGCAUCGACAACAACCGAGCCCGAGGACAGCUCUCCAAAGAUGACACGGUUGACGGCAUGAGUCCCCUGGCCCAGAUGGAGGAGGAGAGGCGAGAGCAUGUGUCCAAGAUGAAGAAGAUGGAGAUGGAGAUGGAGCAGGUCUUCGAGAUGAAGGUCAAGGAGAAGAUCCAGAAGCUGAAGGAUUCAGAGGCAGAGCUCCAGCGCCGCCACGAGCAGAUGAAGAAGAACCUGGAGGCCCAGCAUAAGGAGCUGGAGGAGCGGCGGCGUCAGCUGGAGGAGGAGCGCUCCACCUGGGAGACCCAGCAGAGGAUCCUGGAGCAGCAGAAGAUGACGUUGGACAAGAAUAAGAAGAAAGGGAAGAUCUUUUAAAAUGAGUGUGAUGAUGCCCAGGUUGCUCUCAUUGGCCAAUCCUGUUCCCGGUUCGAGGACCGUCGGGAACGUCAAGCCAAACACACACACACACACACACACACACCGAUCUAAACAGAUGACGUCCGACGCUAUAUUCCAAACCUCUGGAUUUUCCUGAUGCGUAACAUGAGCCUCGUGACAGACCGAGGCUGUGCUUUAUUAUCCCCCCCGUUGAACACGUGUGACGAGCCGAUCACGCAGCGCACACACACACACACACACACACACGUGACGUCUGGAGGAUGGGAAACGCGUUAUUUGCUUUUUUUGGCUAAUGAUUUAGUUUUUCUCUUAUCGCAGAAGUGUAGAGUCUGUCUAGUCAAUAUCCUUUGAACACCUCAUAUAACUUCAUUAAUGUUAUUUCAGUUAUUUUUAUAUAUUAUAUAUGUACGCGUACACCGAGACCGUAAUAUGUGCUCAGCGUGUGCGUCGCUGUACAGGAUCUGCAGAACCUGUCCAAACCUCGGUUUGCUUUCUUACGUUCUCCAUUUAUGGUAUUUUUAAUUUUAUUUUUCAUUUGUAUUGUACAGUCUCUUAAUAAACUUGUGAUGAUACAGGA